AUGUUGUUGUACAGCGAUAUCAUUUCUGACGAUGAAAUGUUCUCUGAUGCCUUCCCCUUGAAGGAGGUCGACGGCAUUGCUUAUGAAGUCGAAUGUGCAAUGAUUGUCGUUAAAGAGGGCGACGUCAACAUCGGUGCCAACCCAUCUGCCGAAGAGCAAGAGGAAGCUCUCGAAGAAGGCGCCGCCACAGUUAACAACGUCGUCCACUCUUUCCGUCUCCAAUCGACCUCCUUCGACAAGAAGAGUUACUUGACCUACCUCAAGGGAUACAUGAAAGCUGUGAAGGAGAAGCUCCCUGGUGAUCGCGUUGCCGACUUUGAGAAGGGAGCCCAAGCCUUUGCCAAAAAGAUUGUUGCCAACUUCAAGGACUAUGAAUUCUACACCGGCGAGACGAUGAACCCCGAUGGUAUGGUUGCUCUCCUCAACUACAGAGAAGAUGGUGUUACUCCCUAUUUCACGUUCUGGAAGGAUGGCCUGAAGGAGGUCAAGUUGUAG